AUGGCGACGCUGAGAUGCACCAACCACACCCUCCUCGGCUCGCCGACCUGCCUCGCGCGCCCGCGCCGGGCGGUGGUGCGCGCCGCCGUCGCCGUCCAGGCCGAGGCGCAGCCCAAGGUCUCCCUCAUCCGGAUUGGCACGCGCGGGAGUCCUCUUGCUCUUGCACAAGCCCGUCAAACCCGUGACGAACUGAAAGCUGCACACACGGAGUUAGCCGAGGAUGGUGCCAUUGAGAUUGUCAUCAUAAAGACCACAGGAGACAUGAUCUUGGACAAACCCCUGGCGGAUAUAGGAGGCAAGGGUUUAUUCACCAAGGAGAUAGACGAUGCGCUCUUGCAGGGAAGCAUUGACAUCGCGGUCCACUCGAUGAAAGAUGUCCCAACAUAUCUACCCGAAGGCAUGAUAUUGCCCUGUAACCUCCCACGAGAAGAUGUGAGAGAUGCAUUCAUAUGCCUGACUGCAAAAACUCUUGGGGAGCUUCCUGCUGGUAGUGUUAUCGGAAGUGCUUCCCUGCGGAGGCAAUCUCAGAUUCUCUAUAAAUAUCCAUCACUAAAAGUUGUUAACUUCAGAGGAAAUGUUCAGACACGGUUAAGGAAACUUAAAGAAGGAGAUGUACAUGCUACAUUGUUGGCACUGGCUGGACUAAAACGGUUAGGCAUGCCAGAAACUGCAACAUCUGUAUUAUCAGUAGACGAAAUGCUUCCAGCAGUCGCUCAAGGCGCUAUUGGAAUAACUUGCAGGAGCAAUGAUGAUAAAAUGAUGGAGUAUCUGUCCUCUUUGAAUCAUGAAGAUACCAGAUUAGCUGUUGCAUGUGAAAGAGAAUUCUUGUCUGUUCUUGAUGGUAACUGCCGAACUCCAAUUGCGGCAUAUGCUUAUCGUGACAAGGAUGGGAACUGCUCAUUCCGGGGGCUAUUGGCUUCACCAGAUGGCUCUAUAGUAUACGAGACGUCAAGAAGUGGAACAUAUUCUUUUGAUGACAUGGUCGCGUUAGGUCAAGACGCCGGCCACGAACUGAAAUCAAAGGCCGGACCUGGUUUCUUCGAUGGCUUACAAUAG